AUGCCCCUUCUAGCCCGCCGCUUCUCCAUCACAAACUUCAUCAUCGCCUCCUCCGCUCUGGGCUUCCAAGUCUCCGUGCUCUACCCCUGGCACAUGAAACUGGACGAAGACUUCGCCGCGCUGAGGAAGGAAAACGUGCGAUUGGCGAAGCUCGUUGAGCAGAAAUUUCGGAUC